AUGAAAGUGAAAAAGCCCCGUGGCAUCCGGCAUGACCGGGACUGUGGUCACUGCAAACUCCGAGGUGUCAAAUGUGACCUGAACCGCCCUCGAUGUUCAGGCUGUCUCCAGGGUGGAGAAACAUGCAACUAUCCACAACGAGUUGUAUGGGUAGAUGAUAAGAAGAAGUCCAAAUCACCAAAAGGCACUUCACCCCAGAUUCCCGAAGAAAUUCCAGAUGGUUUUGCCAAGUCAGCAUCUAUCAAUCUAUAUGGCUUUGUCGACCUCCUCGACACUUUUUGCCAACAAAUCCAAUCCAGCAGCCGCGACAUCCCAGAAGAAGGAAUCCAGCUGAUUACACGCACGCUAAGCUUUGCCCGCUCGCGCAUCCACGAUGCAAACAAUAAAGAAUCCCUCCAGUCGCAUCUGGUCGCCUUGACGAAUCUGAGCCAAGUCAUCCAAUCCGCACACCCAAUUGCACUCUUCGGCAUCGCCACUUUCGCCAUGUUCGAAGUAUGCUGCGGCUCCUUUGGCAACUGGCAUUGUCAUCUCCAAGGCGCACGCUCCCUGCUCGAUCUCCACUGCCAACACAAAGCCGAUCUCGACGACCUCUGCGGCGAGAUGUCCGGUCUAGCUGAUGUCCUCGCCUAUCUAGUGUGGUUUGAUGUUACAGGUGCCCUCGUCCGAGAAAGUUCAUUAAUUUUCGAAGACUGGCAUCGCGAGACCUUAUCAGCUGGCUUCUUCGACUCAGUCGGUUGUCCAGCAGAUACAUUCGAUCUUUUUGUUUAUCUCGCGAGACACCGCGACGGCGAUGGAAUCCGCACUAUAGACCUGAGUUCUCGAGCAAUGGCUCAAAUCCUACAACUCAACCCGGGCGACUCGACGGACCAGAAUUUGGCUGCGACCGUGUAUAGAGGUGCCGCGGCAAUCAUGGCUUUCAGUCGCGCGGGAAUGACUGCGGGCAGCGACCCGUCUUCAUCGACAUAUCAUUCGAACGUAGUCUCGUCCAUGGUCGAUCGAGCUUGUCAGGCUAUCGCGGAUAUCCCUUCUUCGUCGAGAUUCUACGUGCAUCUAGCUACUCCCGCGUACCUGAUAGCAAUGAGUGCCUCAACAGCACGACAAUGCGAGAUAAUCAGAUGGUACUGGCGAAACUGUCAAUCGUGUGAAUUUCCCCGUUAUCCGGACGCGGAGGCGCAGUGCGAGCGGAGGUGGAGGAUAUGCGGUGUGGGGUUUAGCGUCGAUUAG